AUACACACAAACACACACACACAUACACACACACACACACACACACACACACACACACACACUUUAAAAUGCUCCACAGUAAACAUGUAGACUUCAUACAUGCUGAACUACACAUGCUGCGUUCAAGGGAUCGCCUGAUGUAAAAGGUAAUGGUGUGUUUAUGGAUCAUAACUCCGGACACUCAUCUGUUCACCGGUCGAUGGCAGAGCCGCAUCCCCAGGAGAGGCACUAACCGUCGGCUGGAGAGCUGCUGCACACCCGGGGGAUUACAUGCUGUCUAAAUGCACGUUUACACCUAUUUAAAGUAAUGGAUUCAAACCUCCCUUGUUUAAUCCUCCUCCUCUUGAUUGGCUGUGUGAAAUGCUCGUCUGAUAACCAACACAAUGGCAGCCGGCGCUUUGGUUACUGUGUGCUGGGAGCCGGGCCUGCAGGGCUGCAGAUGGGCUUCUUCCUGUCCAAGGCCAAAAGAGACUACAUCAUCCUGGAGAGGAACUCAGGACCGGGCAGCUUCUUUAACAAGUAUCCCCGGCACAGGAAGCUCAUCAGCAUCAACAAGAUCCACACAGGAAGGCAGAACCGAGAGUUCAACCUGCGCCACGACUGGAACUCGCUGCUGAGCGAUCACCCCGACCUCCUGAUGAAGAGAGUGAGCUCUGAGUUUUACCCGCCGGCCGACGCCUUCCCCCUCUACCUGUCCAUGUUUGAGAAGGAGCUCGGGCUGAGGGUCCGGUACGGUGUGGACAUCGGGAGGAUCAGGGCGGUGCAGUCGCCCAAAAACAGGAGCUACAUCCUGACGGACCAACAUGCUGCAGACUACACAUGCAGCGUCCUCCUGGUGGCCACAGGUUUGUGGGUUCCUCAGAAGGUGGAGUUUGUGGGUUCUGACCUGGUUGAAGGCUACGAGUCCAUCUCCACCGAUCCUGAGGACUACAAGGACCAGGCCGUCCUUAUUCUGGGGAAGGGGAACUCGGCCUUUGAAACGGCCCAGAGCAUCUUGGGAAGAGCGAGCAAGGUCCACAUGCUGAGCUCCAGCCCGGUCCGACUGGCCUGGCAAACACAUUAUGUCGGAGAUCUCAGAGCUGUGAAUAAUGACCUUAUCGACACAUAUCAGCUGAAGUCUCUAGAUGGGUUGGCGGAGGCUCGUCUGGACAAAAUAGGCAUCACUCAACGAAAAGAGAAGAGCAGCAGGAGAGCGGGCGCUCAGAAUAAAGCGAAGUUAUACCUGACUCUAAAGAAGCACAUUCAACACCAGGAGAAGAAGAACGGCUCUGACGUGUCAGGAGAGGAAAUGCCAGGGUAUCACAUCGAUAACUUCUCCAUGCGAAAGCCCUACGACCGAGUGAUUCGAUGCCUCGGGUUCAGAUUCAACUUCAGCGUGUUUGACAGCUCUGCCUGCCCUCCCAUCAGUGACAAUGCUAAAGGCAGGUUGCCCAGUGUGACGCCGUGGUAUGAAGGGAUGAACACCCCCGGCCUGUUUGUUCUGGGAACAGCUGCUCACUCCAGAGACUACCGCUCAUCUGCGGGCGGCUUCGUCCAUGGUUUCCGUUACACAGUGCGAGCCGUACAUCGCGUACUUGAACAGCGUUACCAUAGUAACCUGUGGCCGUCGACAAAACUGUUGACGACGCAGCUGCAGUCCUGGAUGCUGAAGCGACUCAGCGAAGCUUCCGGGCCGUACCAAAUGUUUCAGGUGCUGGGGGACGUUGUACUUCUUCGAGGCUCUCACUGUGAAUACGUGGAAGAGUUUACUCUCCAGGCUCUGCCUCAGUUCUCCUCUGUCUCGGGCCACGAGGUCUCCGAACAUGGGCUGAUAGUCCUGGUGAUGCAGUACGGGAACAACAAGAUCGACUUUCUGGGGCGGAGCAGGGCCGAAACAGACUGGACCAAAGCCUGGAAAUCCAACUUCCUGCACCCUGUUUUAUACUACUACGACACACUUCCUACUGAGGAAGACAUGAGGCUGCGUCCCACUGGCUGGCCGUUACCGAGGCCCAAAGCGAUGCAUCACAUGGUGGAGGACUUCCUCGCAGAAUGGGACACUCCAAUUUCUCAUAUCCAGCCUCUGCGGCGCUUCCUGGAGCAUUGUGUCCAGACUGACCUCAGGGCCUUCUAUGCUGAAUCCUGUUUCCGCUCCUCCCUAACCCACCGCAAGCCGCCGCUGUUUUGUCAGCAGGGAUACUUGAAGCGGCAGGGAGUCGCUCACAACACUCAGCUGUGGCAGCAGGUUCACGGCGCCGCACUGAUGCCUACUGACCAGGAAACGGGAAAAACAUCCGGGUCCGACCCUGCGUUCCCAAACUACCUGGCACAAGCUGGAGCCUCCGUGUCUUCAGGACUGAAACUAGACUUCUGAUUGUUUUUACUCAUGCGUGAUAAAGCUAUGCCUGAGAUGCUGUUAAGGACCCUCAGCCUUGCUACCUCCAGCAUCCAUAAUGAUUCUGUCCAUAAAACCAAAUACCUUGACAGAAUAACAUCCUACUGAUCACUGGUUCCAAAAGUUGUCGGCUUGUAACCCUUUAAAAUAAGGCAUGUAUAAUAACAAACGUAAUGUAAAUGUCUCACACUUGACCAUUUCAACCAAAGAGUGAUUUUCUUUUCUUUAUUUUGAUAUUAAGGGGUCCAAAGAAGUAAUAUUAUCCAGUAAUUCACAAGAAAAACAGCAAAGAUUAGUCCAUAAAAAACAUAAUGUGUGUGCAACAGAUGAAUUGUGUGUUUCCUUUUUUAAUAAUAUCUCACAGCCCCUCCAACGUCAUCAUAAUGCGACCUGUUGGGGACCCCACCCCCCAUGUUGGAAAUCACUGCUUAUCACUGGAGCAGCACAUUGCCCCUUGAAUGUUCCCUUAUUGUUGUUCCUUAUAAAAUAUGUAAGUGCUUUAUAUAUAACCAUUUUCAUAUCAUGUAAAUCUGAACUAUCUGAAGCUUUAUAGGUGGAGGGUGGGUGUUACACAACGAUUAUGCAUUCUACAUUUUACAUGACGUUACCUGAUGAAACGUAUAUUAAAGACACUGUUUUUAAA